AUGCGUCACUUCAUCUCUCAGUCGCUGAUCAUGGCGGAGCUACAGCUACAGCAUGAAGUGGAACCUCAACUUCUCAAUGGGGACGACUUGAACGAGGAAAGAGAAGAUGCAGAUGCCCCAGAAUCAGUAAAGAAAAAGAGAAGAAAGAAGAAGAGGAGCAAGACCACCGCACCAGCAGGGACAAAUGAGGCUGAGGGGGGUGGAGAAGCCGGAGGUGUUGGUGAUAUGACAAAACAGUUGGAGCUGCAAACACUGGAGGACAAAGAGAGGGAGGAAGAUGGAGAAGAAGAUGGGGAUGAGGGAGAGAACUCAGCUGGAAAAAAGAAGAAGAAGAAGAAAAAGAAGAAAGGAUUAAAGGGACAGACUGACCCUCCCUCAGUCCCUAUUUGUGAGCUGUAUCCCAAUGGAGACUUUCCAAAGGGAGAGGAAUGUGAAUAUCCCCCAUCAAAAGACGGGCGCAGUGCAGCGUGGCGGACCACCAGCGAGGAGAAGCGGGCGCUGGAAAUGGCCAAUGAGGAGAUGUGGAGUGAUUUCAGGCAGGCGGCCGAGGCACACCGACAAGUACGUUCAUAUGUCAUGAGCUGGAUCAAACCGGGGAUGGCCAUGAUUGACAUCUGUGAGAAGCUAGAGGACUGCUCCAGGAAGCUCAUCAAAGAAAAUGGGCUAAGGGCUGGCCUGGCCUUCCCCACCGGCUGCUCCAUCAACCACUGUGCUGCGCACUACACCCCAAAUGCAGGAGACCCCACCGUCCUGCGCUACGACGACGUCUGCAAAAUUGACUUUGGAACGCACAUCAACGGUCGAAUAAUAGACUGUGCCUUCACCGUCACUUUCAAUCCAAAGUAUGACCGGCUGCUGGAGGCUGUGAGAGAUGCAACAAACACCGGCAUCAGGUUUGCAGGAAUCGAUGUGCGCCUGUGCGACGUCGGUGAGACUAUUCAGGAGGUCAUGGAGUCUUAUGAAGUGGAGAUAGAUGGGAAAACAUAUCAAGUGAAGCCAAUCAGGAACCUCAAUGGCCACUCUAUUGGACAGUACAGGAUACACUCAGGGAAGACAGUCCCUAUUGUUAAAGGUGGAGAGGCCACAAGGAUGGAGGAAGGUGAAGCUUAUGCCAUUGAGACAUUCGGCAGUACGGGAAGAGGCGCAGUCCACGAUGACAUGGAGUGCUCACACUACAUGAAAAACUUCAAUGUCGGACACGUGCCAAUAAGACUUCCAAGGGCUAAACAUCUGCUGAAUGUGAUCAAUGAGAACUUUGGCACCUUGGCAUUCUGCCGCCGCUGGUUAGACCGCCUGGGCGAAAGCAAGUACCUGAUGGCGUUGAAGAAUCUGUGUGACCUUGGCAUCAUAGACCCCUACCCACCUCUCUGCGACAUCAAGGGCAGCUACACUGCCCAGUACGAGCACACCAUCCUACUCAGGCCCACCUGCAAGGAGGUAGUGAGCCGAGGAGAUGACUACUAAGCAUGUGCCAUAAGUCAAGGCGAGGCAGGAGGAGCAUGACAGCUCAGAGACAACAAACCUCUUCAGACUGACAGCAAUUAUGCAAUAUUUCUCUGAUAUAAAUUUCCCCCGCUUGAGUACCUUUAGGUAAUUAUUAGCAAGAGCAAAAGACUUGUCAUGGCGGUAGCUUAACAGUAUUUUUUUUUUUCCCCAAAAGUUUAAGCCUGUAGAGGGUAUAUCUUUAAGAAAUGUAGUAUUGUCAUUUUAGUUAUAUUUUGAUGUGUUGCUUUUAAGAAAUAUGCAAAAAAAAAUUAUAUAUGCAAGAGAACCAUGCAAAAAAAGGUUUGGUGAAGACUUCACCUAAAAUGCUGUGCUUCAUUCAUUUAUAGAAAUAUUUAUAUUUCUAUAUUUCUUUGCUAUAUUUUAAUUUGAGGCGGUUUUUAUAAGAAUUAAAUUGUUAUAACUCUUGCACUGAAUGCUGUCCAUAUUUAUAGAACUCAAACAGCUUAACAUACUCAGUUACAGUAACAGUAACAGCAUACACUCAGUUGUCAGCUUACUAGGUACACCUCGCAAAAACUGGGGCAAUCUAAUCCAGCAGUUCUUCAUGAAGAUUAGAAUAUUAGUUUUAGAGGUUGAUUGAUUAUUUUGGAGGAUACAAUUUGUUCUGCUGUUGAAUGGCAGGUGUUUGUUAUCAGUGAGGGCAGGCUAAAUAACAGAAACACCUCCCUGUAUAAUGCAGUACAGUUCAACAACACCUCAGACUACAUCCUCCAAAAAAAGUUCAAUCAGUCUGUCUAAAACAGUUGGGAGAAAAACUGAAGGUGGGACUGUUGUAUUAAGCCCCAUUAGUUUUAUCUAGUUGUACCUAAUAAAGUGGAAAUUCAGUGUGUAUGAAGAUGUAGAAAUUUUUAACCAUGUAGACAUGUAUUUCUCUGUUUUAACCAAAGGAGGGCGGUACUAAAACAUGGGUCAAACAUCAGUGGGCCACCUCUACCAAUAAAGA